AUGAAGAAAUACUUCAGCCAAGUGUUAAGACACACGAUCUUGCCCCGCGACCCGUCAGUUGUUCUCAACGGGACGUACCUGAAGAACCCGACACACCUCUGCAGGCGUCAUGAAGAUCUGGAUCUGGUUGUCGUCGUUCACACCAGCCUCUACAACUUCGAGCGGAGAAGGCUGCUACGCCACACGUUCAUGAGACAGCUGAAGGACUCUCCUUACACGGUACAGCUAGUGUUUAUGAUCGGCACACAUAACAAGACCAAAAUAAACGCUGUGAAAGAAGUUACUUUAAGGAAUGAAAACCGGCACUAUGGAGAUUUCGUGCAGAUGGAUUUUAAUGAAGAUUUCAGAAAUCUGUCUCUUAAAGCUGUGAUGUGGUUACGUUGGUUAAAUGAACAUUGUCAGAAUCCAUCUGUGGUUUUGAAAAUAGAUGAUGACGUUAUUCUUGAUUUGAGACGUAUUUUACCAUUGUCGGUGAGCUACUUCGCCAAAUUCAAACGAUCCAUAUUUUGUCACUUAAAUAAGCUGGGAACUCAACCAAUCCCCCGAAUCGGGAGAACGAAAGUUGACAUGAGAGAAUUUUUCAACCUGACGAUCUAUCCUUACAAUUACUGCAGUGGAUUUAUUGUUUUUCUCAGCCCUGACAUGAUUCCGUUACUUAUGUCUGCCGCGAGAAGGACGCCAUUUUACAACGUCGACGACCUCUUUAUGUUUGGCGUGCUGCCCAAAGUUGUGGGUGACGUCACGUACCACAACAUCGGCUUCAACGUGAGUGUGUGGAACCAGAAAGUGAGGAACUGCACGACACAGCACGGCGCCUCCUGUCGUUACUUUGGCACCAUGACAGAGGACAAGGCCGAGGCAUGGAACCUCCUCAAUGCUUUUGACCAUGCCCAUCGUUACGACUUCAAGAUACCUCGCAUGAAGAUUCUUAAGUGA